AUGGUAGAGAUUAAAAACAUUGUUGUAUUACCUGGGGAUCAUGUUGGUCAAGAAAUUGUGGAAGAAGCAGUUAAAGUUUUGAAAAUUGUAGAAGAGAAACGUCAUGGUGUCAAGUUUAAUUUCCAAUACCAUUUGAUUGGAGGUGAUGCUAUUGACAAGACCGGGGAUCCAUUACCAGAUGAAACGUUGGAAGCCGCCAAGCAGAGUGAUGCCGUCUUGUUGGGUGCAGUAGGCGGACCUAAAUGGGGGACGGGGAAAGUUAGACCGGAACAAGGUUUAUUGAAGAUUAGAAAAGAGCUGGGAUUGUAUGGGAAUUUAAGACCAUGUAAGUUUAUUAGUGACAAGUUGAUUGGAUUGUCUCCAUUGAAAGAAGAAGUUUGUAAGGGGACGGAUUUUGUAGUUGUACGAGAGUUGGUUGGUGGUAUCUAUUUUGGAGAGCGUCAAGAAGAUGACGGGAGUGGUGUUGCAUGGGAUAGUGAAAAAUACUCGAUUGAGGAGGUGAAGAGGAUUACCAAGAUGGCCGCGUUCUUGUCUUUGCAAAACGACCCACCCUUGCCGAUCUGGUCGUUGGAUAAGGCCAAUGUUCUUGCGUCUUCGAGAUUGUGGAGAGCGGCAGUGGACGAGACAAUAGCGGAAUUCCCAAAUUUGAAAGUCCAGCAUCAAUUGAUUGAUUCUGCAGCAAUGAUGUUGGUGAAAAACCCCACUCAGUUGAACGGUAUCAUCCUGACGAACAACAUGUUUGGGGACAUCAUCUCGGACGAGGCGUCGGUGAUUCCUGGCUCAUUGGGGUUAUUACCCAGUGCAUCUUUGGCAUCCUUACCGGACAAGAACAAGGCGUUUGGGCUGUACGAGCCCUGCCAUGGAUCUGCGCCGGACUUGGCACGGGGCAAAGUGAAUCCUGUGGCUACGAUCUUAUCUGCUGCGAUGAUGUUGAAACUGUCGUUAGAUAUGGUACAAGAGGGGGAAGCUAUCGAGAGAGCAGUGAGUGUUGUAUUGGACAGGGGUAUCAGAACUGCAGAUUUGGGGGGUAACAGCACUACGAGUGAGCUUGGAGACGCUGUUGCACAGGAGUUGGGGAGAAUCUUGGAGCACAACUAA